AUGCUCCUCGUCUUCUCUGCCCAUUACUCCCCGACGGAUCCCCCAAUUGUAUCCUCCUUGCCAAUCCUGUGCCUGCCCUCCUCUGCUUCUUGUGUGUAUCCCACCCCAGCGGGCGUGUGUGGCUACGACAGAGUCAACCCGUGUUUGGGGGGCACAUGCAUCAACCGUGGCACCAUGGGCAGGACCUGCGUCUGCCUCCCAAACCACCGCUCUCAGGGCAGCUACUGUGAUUCGAAAUGGGAGGCCGUUUCGUCCAUCACAGUCGUGGGCAGCGACUGGAGGUGCAGGGACGUGUACAUCGUGUAUGGCCUCACGCUGCAGCAGUUCACCGCCACGAACCCGGGUAUCAACUGCUCUGCUCUCCUUCCUCAGCGUCGCCAGCUCGUGGUGCGAGAGCUUCUGCCAGCUUGCUCUGCCUUCUACUACACCCAGCCUGCCGACACAUGCUCGUCCGUGGCUCAGUUUCUCAGCAUCACCGAGGAAAGACUGCAGCAGCUCAACCCCAGCGUUAGCUGCUCCUCUCGCCUCCCCGCGUUCCGCUCUCUGUGUGUGGAGCGCAACCCAUCCAAAGCCAGGCCGAAAUGUGGGAAUGUGAUACGGAUCGGCCGAGUGGUGGACUUCAAGCAGGUGGCGGCAUCCAAUGGAGCCACCAUGGUGGACCUCUGCAGGCUCAACCCCUGGAUCUCCUUCCGCAAUCCCCUGCGCGACAUUGUUUGCUCCGCUACACCUCCUCCCGGCAACACCACAGCUCCUGCCAGCAACACCACAGCUCCUGCCAGCAACACCACAGCUCCUGCCAGCAACACCACAGCUCCUGCCAGCAACACCACAUCUCCUUCUGAGUACCCCGACGCAGAGAGUUCAAGCACUCGCGAGUGUGGCUAUGAUAGAAUCAAUCCGUGUUUCGGGGGCACAUGCAUCCUCCGUGGCACCAGGGACUGGACCUGUGUCUGCCUGCCCAACCACCGUUCUCAGGGCAGCUAUUGUGAUCAGAAAUGGGAGGCCAUUUCGUCCAUCACAGUCGUGGGCAGCGACUGGAGGUGCAGGGACGUGUACAUCGUGUAUGGCCUCACGCUGCAGCAGUUCACCGCCAUGAACCCGGGUAUCAACUGCUCUGCUCUCCUUCCUCGGGGUCGCGAGCUCGUGGUGCGAGAGCUUCUGCCAGCUUGCUCUGCCUUCUACUACACCCAGCCUGCCGACACAUGCUCGUGGGUGGCUCGGUAUCUCAGCAUCACCGAGGAAAGCCUGCAGCAGCUCAACCCCAGCGUUUGCUGCUCCUCUCGCCUACCCGCGUUCCGCUCUCUGUGUGUGGAGCGCAACCCAGCCAAAGCCAGGCCGAAUUGUGGGAAGAUGAUACAGAUCCCUGGAUGGGUGGACUUCCAGCAGGUGGCGGCAUCCAAUGGAGCCACCAUGGUGGACCUCUACAGCCUCAACCCUUGGAUCUCUUUCCGCAGUUCCCAGCGCUACAUUGAUAAUCCGUGCACACGCAGCCGCUUGCACGAAGCCGCGCACGCACAGCCGCGGGCACGCAGCCGCGCACAGCCGCGCACACUGCCCACGGUGCCCAUCGCUUCCCUGCACUGCCCCCGCUGCCAUGCGCGCCAGCAGCCCUUUAGCACAUAG